GAGAAAUAGUAACCAAUAGAAGAAAAAGAGAAGGAAAAGAUCAGGGUUUGUUUCAUCUUUGAAGGACUUUGAUCGUCGCCGUCGCGCAUGGAGAUCUCAGGCACCGUUCUCCGUCAGGUAACCUAUGUUUCCGGCAACGGGGCCCUCUCCCGUGGCGCGGUUCCUCGAGCUUGGGGUAGGACCAGGGUGAGAAUGGCGUCGGGUUCGGGUUUCUGUGACGAGGGCCAUCUCCAGUAUUACCAGGAUGACAAAAAGGGAACCCCUCUUCUCACCGCGAAGAAGAAGUUGAAAUUGCUGAAGAAUCUUUCCAAAUUAGGGUUUGCUUUGGAUCCUGAGAAACGUGCCUUGUUCCAUGAUCUUAAGACAAACCCCACCUCGGAUGUUGGUGAGGUAUUGUUGAGAGAGUUGGAACUAGUAAGAGCAAAGGAGAAGGAAAUGAAGAAGAAAAGGAAGCAAGAGAAAAAGGCCAAAGCCAAAGCAUCAAAAAUGAAUUGUGAAUCUUCAUCUUCAUCGUCUGAAUCAAGUGACAGUGAUUGUGAUAAGGUGGUUGACAUGAAAACCUUCAGAGCUGGUGUUGAUGUUGUUGUUGCCCCUGCACCAGUAGAUGAAUUGCAGUUGCAGCCACCUACCAUGCUUUCACUGCCCCAGACCACCAUUGUUGACGAUACAAGUGCACAUCAUCGUGCCAUGGAAUUGUGCUCUAAGAAUGAUACCUCUGUUGGUGGCAUAAGUGUUGGCUUUAGGAAUGAAAGUGCUGUAGUUACCACUGCUCCUCAGAAGAAGAUUGAGGUCUGCAUGGGUAACAAGUGCAAAAGAUCAGGGGCUGCUGCAUUGUUGCAAGAGUUUGAGAAGGUGGUGGGCGUUGAAGGUGGUGCUGUUGUUGGAUGUAAGUGUAUGGGCAAGUGCAAAAGUGCUCCUAAUGUGAGAAUUCAGAACUCUGUUGAUCAUAGCCUUGCUGAGGGACUUAAUGAUUCUGUCAAGAUUCCAGCUAACCCUCUUUGCAUUGGGGUUGGUAUAGAUGAUGUGGAUGCUAUUGUGGCCAGAUUUUUAGGGGACAGUCACGGAGAUAUGGGUUUUGCAGGUGCAGCUACUUGAUGCACACGUUAUGGAAUAUGGAAAUGGCUGGUGUUAUAAUUGUAUAUACGUAGCCAGUAGCAAUGGAGGAAACACCAUUGUCAAUUCUGGUUUCUGAAUUGUUCAGAUUGUAUAUAAACUAGUAAUGGAUUUCUUAUGCUCGCCCCAGCCGAGUUUAAGCAUAUUGAAAAAAAAUAUAUUUAAUAUUUUUAAAUUAUAAUAUUUUCUUUUUGUUAAAAAUUCAGGUUAACAUUUUUCAUUAGUUGUUAUCUUAUAUAUUUAAUGGUUAAAACUAAUAAUAUAUAUUUAAUAUUGAAAUUUGUAUGUCAUUCGUUUGUGUCACUCAUUAUUAUCUUAUACAAUAUUUGGGUGGCAUUAGUU